ACACGCAUCCCGGAUACAUGCAGGGGGAAAUAAUCUAGCUCACAAAUUCAUGUUGCGAAACGAAAGUGCACGAAAUGAUUUACUGUAUGGUUACCUGAACUCUUUGUAAAUGGCGUUUACUUCAAUGUUUGUUGUUUUGACACUUUGCCACGGUCUGCUUCACGGGUCCAACAGUGUCGAAUUAAGUAAGAGAAAUCAGACCGAGGGAGGACAGCGAUUUCUGAAUUUUCAGCAACAGUACGGUCGAAUUUACAGUAAUGAGGAGUUUUCUGAGCGACAAAUAUAUUUCCAGAAUUCAAUUAAGAGACAUGCUCUUCUGAACUCAGUGCUAAAGAAUUCAAACAACUCUGCCAAGUAUGGAAUCAACCAGUUCUCUGAUUUAUCUCCAAAACAAUUCAAAGAGCGCUAUCUCACAGUCCAGGCUGAGGCAGCUCCAAAGUUUGACAUCAACAGACCUGGUAUCCAUGUUAAGACGAGUUAUCCACCAAGGUUUGACUGGAGGGACAGUGGAUUUGUUGGACCAGUCCAAAACCAAAAGGGGUGUGGAGGAUGCUGGGCCUUCAGUGUGGUGGGAGCCAUUGAAUCAGUAUCUGCCAAAGAAGAUGGAAAGCUACAGCAGCUCAGUGUACAGCAAGUAAUAGACUGUUCUUACAAUAACCAGGGCUGCAAUGGUGGAUCCCCUGAUGAAGCUCUGUUCUGGCUCACACAGACCAAAUUGAAGUUGGUAAACCAGGCAGAGUAUCCCUACAAAGCUGUGGCUGGGAUCUGCCAGUACUUUUCUCAGUCUCACAAAGGAGUGGUAGUGAAGAAUUACUCUGCUCAUGACUUCAGGACACAUGAAGAGGAGAUGAUGAGUAUACUCGUGGAACAUGGGCCUCUUGUUGUCAUUGUUGAUGCCAUAAGUUGGCAGGAUUACCUGGGUGGCAUCAUUCAACACCACUGCUCAAGCCACAAUGCCAACCAUGCUGUACUAAUCACAGGUUAUGAUACCACAGGGGAAGUGCCAUACUGGAUAGUACGCAAUUCAUGGGGAACCUCAUGGGGUAACAGUGGCUAUGUUUACAUUAAAAAAGGGGACAAUAUGUGCGGCAUUGCAGAGAAUGUUGCUGCUGUUUUCGUAUAAUUACUGUGUUGAUAAUCUUCGUACUUCAGAGAUUAGCAAGUCACAAAUCGACAUUUUAAAGUAUCAGCAUCAAAACAGUAAUCUGGCUUGAUUCUCCAGUGUACUGUAGCUGUUGAGAAUUCUAAAAAUUCUCAUGGGAUAUUUGGGUAACAAAUCCUGUUGCCUCUUGAAUGCAAAGCAAAAUAGCUCCACUCUUUGAGCUAAUUCCCCUAUUCCUAAUCCCAGCUACAACAGCCCAAAAUAAACUCUGACUGUUCAUGUUAGUUAUGAAACACACCAUAACCACAUCAUUUUAUUAAGAAUGUUUUAACGUCUCAAGAAUAACAGAACACUUACUAUGCAGUUAACUCUUUGUAUUAGCAUGACAUUGCACUGACAUAUGACACGCAAGGGAAUUCAUAAAAGAAAAUGUGAAAAAGAUAUAGAGUGGUGGCCAAAAAUAUUGGUACCCUUGGUAAAUAUGAGGGGAAAAAAAAAGGUUGUGAAAAAGAAAUCUGCAUUGUUUAUCCUUUUGAUCUUUCAUUAAAAAAAUGCACAAAAAUCAAACCUUUACAAUUACAGUAAAACAAUUUAAAGAGGGGAAAUAUCUCAUUAUUAAAUACAUAUUUUUCUCCAAAACACAUUGAACACAAUUAGUGGCACCCCUAGAAAUUCUUACGAGUAAAAUAUAUCUGAAGUAUAUUCCCAUUCAUAUUUUAAAUUUUUUAGUGCACCUGGGUGACUAGGAAAAUGAAAUUGUUCAGCCAUGACUUCCUGUUUCACAGUGGUAUAAAUAUGAGGUAACAUAGGACAAAUUCCCCUAAUCAUCAAUCACAGUUGGUUUGACUAAAGUAUGUAGUUCUGAUGUGCUGCAAAAGGUUGUUGUGCUUCACAAAAUGGGAAGUGGUUAUAAGAAAAUAACCAAAGCAUUGAAAAUGUCCAUUUCCACCAUCAGGGCAAUAUUUAACAAGUGCCAAUCAACUGGAGAACUUAAAAAUCGUCCUGGAAAAGGAGAUGUGUCUAUAUUGUCUGCAUGCUUGUUGAGGAGGAUGGUUCAAGUGGCCAAAGAAUCUCCCGGGAUCAAAGCUGCAGAAUUGCUGAAAUGAAUUGGGUCUUGUGGUCAGAAAGUCUAAAGAAAAAAUAUCAGACAUCACCUACAUCACCACAAGUUGUUUGGGAGGGUUUCAAGAUAAAUGCCUAUGCUCUCAUCCGACAACAAACUCAAGCAUCUUCAGUUUGCCAGACAAUACUGGAAGUUCAAAUGCUACUGGUCUCUGUGGUCAGAUGAAACAAAAAAAUAGCUUUUUUGGCAGCAAACACAAGAGAUGGGUUUGGCACACACAGAGAUGAAGUAUCUAAUGCUCACGGUUAAAUGUGGUGCUGGAUCGUUAAUUUUGUGGGGCUGCUUUUCUGCCAGAGGUCCUAGACAUCUUAUUUGGAUACAUGGCAUCAUGGACUUAAAAUAUAAACCUGACUGCCUCUGUCAGAAAGCUUACAAUGGGCCCUGGUUAGAUCUUCCAGCAAGACAAUUCUCCAAAACAAAAACAAACAUAAAAAUGAUUCACUGACCUCAAAAUCAAUGUACUGCCAUGGCCAUCUCUGUUCCCUGACCUGAACCACAUAGAAAACCUGUGGGAUGAACUGAAGAGGAGAGUCCACCAACUUAGACCUCUGAAUUUGAAGGACCUGGAGAGAUUCAGUAUGGACGAAUGGUCUCAGAUCACUUGCCAGGUGUUCUCCAACCUCAUUAUGCAUUUUAAGAGAAGACUCAGAAGUGUUAUGCUGGCAAUGGGCGGUUGCAAAAAGUAUUGAAUAAAGAGGUGGCAAUAAUUAUGGCCAACGCGUUUCGGAGAAAAAUAUUUACUUAAUAAUGAGAUAUUUCCCAAGUUUCAAAUGUUUUACUUCAAUUAGAGUUUAGAUUUUUGUGAUUAUUUUUUUUUUUUUUGUAAUGAAAAAACAAUAUAGAAGGAUAAAACCAUGCAGAUUGUUUUUCACAUCCUUUGCUCAUAAUUACCAAGUAUGUCAAUAUUUUUGGCCACCACUGUAUUAUUAUAUGUGAAAACUAAUGGAUUAUAAAGGAAAGGCAAUAUGGUAUUUGUGCAGGAUAUACCAGAUAUUCAGAAUGUAUCUGCUUUUGUAAAUUUCUGUAACUACAAAGUUUACUUUUUUUUUUUUUAUUGUCUGUCAUUUCUACUUAGCCCAACAACACAGGAUAAAGCAAUCAAACAAAAGUCAAACUCUGUGAGACUCUAUGUUUACUUUUUUUAUUUAGUUUAUUUGAUGCAAGAAUUAUAUGCCAUUUGAUUGAGAGUAUAAAACCUAUUAUAUCCAAGAAAAUUUUGACAGGAAACAGACUCUAAUUUUCCUUAAUAAACAAGAACAAUCUUUA